AUGAGUCAGUCUAGCCAGUUCAGCCAGCGACAGCGCCCACGCAGGGCGCUCGACUACGACCUCGACUCGCUCAUCGACCUCUCGCAGCCGACACCCUCAAAGCCUCGCUCCAAGGACCCGAUCGACCUGACCGACUCACCAGAGCCGACCUUCUCGUCUCCAGCCCCUGGGCGCAGGGGGAAGGGCGGACUGUACCCCGUCAUGCCGACUGCGCCUCUGUCCCCCUCGACGCGGCCGAAUAACGCUCGUGCCCGCCCUCUGUCCUCUCAACCAUCACUCUCUUCCUCCAGCGUUUCCUCCCAGCGGGAAGUCAGCCUGUACGACGACUUCGACUCGGGAUUCGGGUCUAGCAUCUCCAAGCCCAAGAAGACGUCUGCUCCCACUCCCGCUCCCGCAAGGUCCUCGGCGCCCCGCAUGGCUAACGACUACGGGGCGUACAUUCGCCCAGCGACGGCGUUUAAGAGCGCGCCGCGCAAAUCGGCAUUCGACCAGCCGGGCUACAGGGAUGGGUGGCCCGAGUGGGUGUCUGCGCCGGCGAGCAAGGUGCCUUCCCCGCAAAGCGCCCCUGAGCCAGAGGAGAAGGACAAGGAGCCGGAAGAGGUCGAGAUGAACGGGGAGGACUUUGACCUGAACCAGGCCAAGUUCACGGCCGAAGACUUUGAGCGCUUCCAUGGCGACCCGGAGGAGCAGAUGCGCAACCUCCUCGCUGGCGCUGUGGGUGAAGGCGAGGGUGAGGGUGAGGAAGACGAGGAGGGCGCAGACACAGUCGAGGGCUUUGCAGACGGCAUGCGCCUCAUGCCCCACCAGGUCCGCGGUGUCAAGUGGAUGCGCGAGCGAGAGACUGGCAGGAAGUACGGAGGUAUCCUGGCUGAUACAGUGCAGACCCUCGCGCGUGUCGUCGAGGGAAGGCACACACCUUCAGAGAAGAAGGCCUACAAGGGCGGAACUCUUGGGCGUCUGAGGCUCGCACGAAGACACAGCCAGGUCUGCUCAAGAUCACGACUCAUCACGGGCCAGGGCGAACUUCCAGUGCUUGCGUCCGAGUUCAAGGCUCGGGGACAGCGUGCUGCUCCGUCGGACAGCGAUGACAGCGACGACGGCUUGCGGAAGAAGCUGAAACGCAAGAAGAAGGUCAUGGCGGCGCUGUACGACGUCAAGUGGCUGCGUAUCGUCAUCGUCGCGCUCAAGGCCAAGUACAGGUGGUGCUUGACCGGUACGCCGAUCCAGAACAACGUCGAGGAGCUGUUCAGCUUGUUCCAAUUCCUGCGUGCACGCCCGCUCGACAACUGGCAGGUGUUCAAGGCGCGUAUCUCUUCGGAGGUGAAGAACGGCCGAACAGGCAUGGCGAUGAAACGUUUGCACAUCAUCCUGAAGGCGAUCAUGCUCCGACGAACGAAAGAUGCCACUAUCAUCGUGCAGUGCGAGUUUGACGACGACGAGCGCGAGUUCUACGACGCGCUCGAGAAGAAGACGCAGCUCACGUUCAACAAGUUUGUUAACGCGGGCACGGCGAUGGCGAACUACACGUCCGUUCUCACCAUGCUGUUGCGCCUGCGCCAAGCGUGCGACCACCCGCUUCUUGUGAGCCGCUCGGCGGUUGACUCCGAUACACUCGGUCGCGACGGCGAAAACUUUGACCGGGAGAUGUCAACCGACGCGGUUGAGUUUGACGAUGGCGAGGAUCUCGCCGACCUCCUCUCCGGGCUGACGGUGGCGGGGCCGAAGAACCUGCCCGGCGUCGGAGGAAAACACUGUCUGGACUGCGUGCGGAUUACGCGUCGCGCCGGCUCGGAGGCGCGUGGCCUCCCUCCUUCUUCGGCCAAGAUCCGCAUGCUGCUGAAGCUGCUCCGCGAAGUCGACUCCCGCUCCAAGAACACGGAGAAGACGAUCGUGUUCUCGCAGUUCACCUCGUUCCUCGACCUGAUCGAGCCAUACUUCCGCGCCGAGGGUAUCGACUACGUCCGCUGCGGGCAGCACGGGUCUCAACCUUACAUGCUGCAACAACGUCGUGCUCAUGGAUCUUUGGUGGAACCCGGCGACCAGGCGUUCGAUCGCGCGCACCGUUUGGGCCAGACACGUGCCGUGAACAUCUGGAAGCUGACCGUGGAGGAGACGGUCGAGGACCGCAUCCUGGCUAACCAGAAACGCGAGCUUGCCAAGGCCGUUCUCAGCGGCGAGGGCGCAAAGAACCUCAAGCUUACCAUGGCGGACAUCAUGAUAUACCCUGUCCUGUCCGACGUGCCCGCCAUGCAUGCAUCAUCAGGUGGACGGGGCGUGCAUGUGGUGGCUGGCACCAUGUCGUGGUACGAGACGCUGACGAGCGCGCCGGUUCUGCUCGCGAUCGCGGUCGGCAUCUCCGCAAUCCUCUACGUCCUGCAGGCCAACCCCCAGCCGCGCGAGCACUGGGUCAAGCAGCAGCAGGAGGCCGCGAGGGCCGCCGCCGGCGGCACCAGCGGUGCGGGCUCCGGCAAACAAGCCACCGAGACCAAGGACCCAAAGGCGAAAUUGGCAGAGAGCAUUUCCGUGAUGAGCGCCCCCGCCGCUGACCUCGCCCCGCCCAAGGACGACCCCAUCUCUGUCGCUGAGCUCCGCCAGUACGACGGUUCGGACCCCUCCAAGCCGAUCUAUGUCGCGAUUAAGGGCAAGGUGUACGACGUCUCGAACAAGAAGGAGAUGUACGGCCCCGGCGCCGGCUACAACGUCUUCGCGGGCAAGGACGCCAGCAAGGGUCUCGGCAUGUCCUCGCUCGACCCCAAGGACGCGAUCGCCGACUACUCGACGCUGAACGAGACGCAGAUGAAGACGCUUGACCAGUGGGACUCGUUCUUCGCUAAGUUCCAAGCUGACGAUCAGCGAUACAACAUUGUCGGCAAGGUCGUGCCCUAA